AUGCAACGUAUUGAAGGCUUCUUGAACAGCCAAGACAGGCCCGACACCCAGGAUGCCGUCGAUCAGGGCAUCGCCUGUCACGCCGCUGCUACCGGCUCCGAAGAAACAUCAGCUGGCUAUGUUGCCAAGUUUGUUGAGGCUGAUAUCGGCUGGGCAGACGAGACUGUGCUUGCCAACGUCAACAUCGAGAUCCCGACUGGUACUCUUACCAUGAUCUGCGGUCGCCUCGGCCAAGGCAAGUCGACCCUGUUGCAAGCUAUCCUUGGCGAAUCGGAUAUCAUCAAGGGCAAACAGCAACUGCCGCUUCUUGCCAAACGUGUCGCCUAUGUCAGUCAAGACGUGUGGCUGCAAGAGAAACGAACCAUCCGCGAAAAUAUCAUUUUUGCGACGGGCGAGUACGACGAAGAACGGUAUCUCUCGGCCCUUCGGGCAUGCGCGCUUACCGAAGACAUCGACAACUUGCAAGAAGGCGAUUCCACCACUGCAAGUGCUCUCAGCGGUGGGCAGCGCCAAAGAGUUGCAGUGGCUCGUGCCGUCUACAGUGAUGCUGAGGCGUUUGUCAUUGACGACAUCACCAGCGCUCUGGAUGCAGAAACGGCUGCGCACAUGUGGCGAUCCCUGAUGGGCCCUGCUGGCCUUCUCAACGGGAAAACGGUCGUCAUGGCCACCAAUGCUGUCCACCUCCUACACCAUGCGCAAUUAAUUGUUCGGGUCGACGGAGGUAAGAUCGCCGAGCAAGGUCGAUACGAGGACUUGUCUAUAAAGGGUAAGGAUGCCAUUUCGCGCGCCAGCCUCGACUCGCAGAGGGCCAUGCCUCCACAAGACCAAUCGAAAGAUCAGGCGAUCAAGACAGGUGCGCCCGAAAAGCAGGAAGCGGUCAUGACCGGUGCUGUCGGAUGGAAGGUGUAUGCCACUUGGUUCAUUGCUGCUGGCUUUGGCAAACUGGCAGUCUUCGGAUUUACUGCCCUUGUUGGUACUGCGUCGCACAUUGCUCCGUCGUACUACCUGCAAGCAUGGGCUGAAGCUCAACAGAGGCACCCCUUCCAGGACUGGGGUUCUUGGCUGGCUGGCUAUGCGAUACUCAUUCCGGUGAGCCCUGUUGCACUCGCCGUUGGAUUCUGGAUUUUCCAGGUCAACUGUGCAGAGUCGGCGGGCAACAGGCUGCAUGCUGCCCAGCUCAAAGGCGUCUUCUCUGCGCCGCUUUCAUUCUUCGACAAGUGGAGUUCGGGUCAGAUCUUGAAUCGCUUCUCGCAGGAUGUCUUCAACGUCGACCAAAGCUUGACCCAAGCGCUAGUCAAUGCGGUCCUCAUUGCGCUCUUGCUGCUGGGAUCGAUCGUCACCAUGGUGAUCCCUGCCCCUUAUCUCGCAGUGCUGACAGUGGGACUCAUUGCAGCCUCGUUUGGCAUGCAGCGACUCUACAUUCCUUCGAGUCGACAGCUUCGUCGUCUGGAGAUGGCAGCCAAGAGCCCGCUGUACUCGCUCUUCUCGGAAACGUCUUCGCCUUCGGGUUUAGCGACGGUGCGCGGCCUGAAGCGUGAGGCAGCUCUACUGGAUGUCAACACUCGAUCUCUGGAUCUGUCGCAGACGCCGUACUACCACCUGUUUGUAGUGCGACGUUGGUUGCAAACGUGGCUGCUUACACUGACCACUAUCAUCAACGUGGUGUUGGUGCUGUUGGUAGUGGUGCUGCGCCACUCAUCUAACGCAGGUCUGCUCGGUGUUGCCCUGGUGCAGGCGACCGAGUUGGGCUUGCUACUGAACCACACAGUCAUCAGCUUCACCGAGGUAGAAAUUGCAGGUGUAGCGUUGGAACGUGUCCGCGAGCUUACCAAUCUCGAGCCCGAAGAGCAUGCUGUUAUGGCGACCAAGCAGGACGGCGAGCAAGACAGUGCGGCGGCAAGCGAGUCUGCGAUUCGAGGCAAUAUCGAGUUUGACCAGGUGACCGUCUCGUACUCAGCCAAUCUGGAGCCUGCAGUGAAGGAGCUAAGCUUCAACCUUGGUGCUGGCCAACGAUUGGGUCUGGUGGGUCGAUCGGGUUCGGGCAAGAGCACUACGCUUCUUGCGCUGUUUCGUAUGAUAGAGAUGCGAACCGGAACAAUUCGUAUCGAUGGUCAAGAUAUUGCAAGCAUUCCUGCGCGCAAGCUACGGUCCCAGAUGACGAUCGUUCCGCAAAACCCGCUGAUCCUCGCCGCUACGAUCCGCGAGAAUCUCGACCCAGAGGGCGCUUGCACCGAGGACGAGUUGCGGGACGCGCUGCACAAGUGCCAUCUGGCCGAAUUUGUGAAGAAGCAAGAGAACAAGCUGGACGAGAUGCUUCUGACGGGCGACACUUUCAUCAGCACGGGUCAAAAGCAGCUGCUGUCGCUGGCUCGUGCGUUGCUUCGCAAGCGCAGGAUCUUGGUGCUGGAUGAAGCUACGAGUGCCAUGGAUAUGGAAACAGACGCGGCAGUCCAAAACGUGCUGAACAAACACUUCUCCAACACCACCGUCAUCGCCGUAGCUCACAGGAUCGCUACCAUUAUCGACUUUGAUCAGAUCAUCUGCAUGUCGGCCGGCCGUGCCAUCGAGACGGGAAGCCCCGAGGUGCUGUUGAAGCAGCGUGGGGAGUUUUGGGCUUUGGCAGCCGAACAGAAGUGCGUGUGA